AAAACAGCCUCCUUGGCCUUUCUUUCUUUCCGCCAUUUUAUAUAUUCAGUUGCAAAGAGGGGAUCUGAAGAAGAAGAAGAAGAAGAAAGAUGGUGCAGCGUUUAACAUACAGAAGAAGACAUAGCUAUGCUACCAAAUCCAACCAACACAGGGUUGUCAAAACCCCUGGUGGGAAGUUGGUAUUUCAGACAACAAAAAAGAGAGCUAGUGGGCCUAAAUGCCCUGUUACUGGCAAAAGAAUUCAAGGGAUUCCUCAUUUGAGGCCGACUGAAUACAAAAGGAGUAGGCUAUCAAGGAACAGGAGGACUGUUAACCGUGCCUAUGGUGGUGUGCUAUCUGCUGGUGCUGUGCGAGAAAGGAUCAUCCGAGCUUUUUUGGUUGAAGAGCAGAAGAUUGUGAAGAAGGUUCUGAAGGUUCAAAAGGCCAAAGAAAAGUUGGCUGGAAAGAGUUAAACAGGUUGAAACAAGUGAUUUCGGUUAGUAGUGUGCUUGAACGAAAUUUUGACUUCAACACAAUGAUUAUAAGAUGUGAACUUAUAGAUUCUUGUGGAAGAUACUUGAUUGAUUAUGAAUGAGCUCGUUAUGUUAGUUGCCUUUGAUA